AUGGCUCAAACACAAGCGACGAUUAAGGUUGUGGAGACGAAACCUUACACUGGACAGAAGCCUGGAACUAGUGGUUUGAGGAAACGUGUAAGUGUAUACUUUUAAUGUUUUAAUAAUAAUAUAUAAGUUCUAUCUUUUCUAUUAUAAAAUUAUUUAAAAGUGUGGACUUAAAUAACAAACACAUCGCAAUAUUGUUUUAGGUACCCGAAUUUCAACAAGAAAAUUACACGGAAAACUUUGUUCAAUGUAUUCUGGAUGGAGCUUUAGGCAACGAGAAAGUUGGCGCUUGCUUGGUUGUUGGAGGGGAUGGCAGAUUCUUGUGCCCACAAGCUAUUAGUGUUAUCAUAAAGAUUUGUGCGGCCAAUGGUGUAAGUUUAACUUUGCAAAACUGUUUUACUUUUUAAUAAUAAUAAGUUUAGGUAUUAAGCAUGUAAAAUCGAGAGUUUCUAGAAAUAUAUUUUAGGUAGAUAAGCUUAUUGUCGCCAAGGAUGGUAUUCUUUCUACCCCAGCUUUAUCUCACAUUAUCCGUUCUCGCAAGUACAACAAUGGACAAAAGAUUCAUGGAGGUAUUAUUCUGACUGCUUCUCAUAACCCAGGAGGUCCAAAGAAUGACUUUGGCAUCAAGUUUAACAGUGAAAACGGAGGACCAGCUCCCGAGAAAGUUACCGACAAGAUCUUCGAGUUGACAAAGUCUAUCAGCCAGUAUAAGAUCUGCCCCGACUUGAACAUUGACUUUGGACAAGUCGGAGAAGCUGAAUUGGUUAGGGAAGGGUUCUCGAGCAUGACAAUCCAAGUCAUUGAUGGAAUCGAUGACUACGUUUCCUAUAUGGAGGAGAUCUUUGAUUUUUUGGAGGUAGGUGCUCUUUAUCAUUUAAUCAUUGUUUUUAAGUUUUGA